UUGUAUGAAAGGUCUGGGCACAUAUGGCCGCCUCAGGUUGGAAACAUAAAGGGCAAACCGCAACGGUGGUGGAAAAAAUGGGGAAUACAGUUUGAUAAACUUGCGCGAUAUCUAAGACUAAGAAAUGUGAUAUACUGUAUGUAAAGUGGCACAGUGACUUCUUAAUAAAUAGUAAUAGUGCAAUAAAAAUACGGACCAAUUCUGUUGGUUUUUCAAGAACUGUCCACGUUUGUAGAAAAUUGUACCGUUGGUGGUGCCACGCAGAAAUGCUUGUUUAAUUGCACACCACCGUGGAAACGAAAAAUGUCAUGACCUCGUUGCAGGACCUGGUUUUGUGGGAAUGUUUUUGUACAGAGCCCUGCAUGCCUGAGCUGCACGGCCUAGCCUGACACUUUUUUCGGAAUAAAAUAACAACGUAAAACAUCCAAAACAUCCGUCCUUCGCUCUGAUUCUGAACUUACCAGGCCGUAUUUAUUUAUCAAACAAUCUUAAUUUCCUUCACCGCAUCGUUCACCAGCGGUGGCCCCAUUGUUAGCCCGAUCCAGAUCCCGUUGGCACUCUGAUGGCAUGAUGGGUUCAAAGCAGUUAGGCUCUGUGCCUUGGACUUGGGACAUUGCAGUGUGACUGUAUCUACACAUGCGUUACUGUACUACCUGUGCGUGUAAUUAUGUGCAUUGAGGGUACAUGUAUUUGUUUCAACAUGGAACAGCUGCCGAGCCAACCAAUGACUAUUUCACAGCAGCCAGUGGUGACCGUGCAAGCUGACCAAACAGCGUCCAACAUGGCUAGGACUCGUGGUCAGUGGAAGGCUUUGCGAAUCACUGGCUUCCUGCAGGUUUUUCUCGGUAUUUUCUCUGUUUUGCUGGGAAUCCUUUCCUUCAUUUUCAAGACGUAUGCGUACAUUGUUGGCAUUGGAAUAUGGAUUGGACUUUGUUUCUUCAUCGUGGCAGGGAUUCUGGGUAUAGCGUCAAGUGGAGCAGAGAGAAAAGGCUUGGUCAUUGGGUACCUUACUAUGUCCAUCAUUGCCUGUGUGGCUGCUGGGGUGAUGGUCAUCUGUGCUGGUGUUUUUAUCGCGAAUGACGAGUACUUCUGCCCUGACUGGUGGUACCUGGCUUAUUCUCAUGAAUUUUCAGACCGCGCUGGCUGCUCAUCUUCACACGGUACCCGUAUGGCAAUCAAUGCAGUGACUUUGGUUGUCGGUGUGGCACAGAUGGUUGUCGCUAUUGUCGCUGCCAGCAUGACGUGUUGUACCAUGUGCCUCAAUCCUAGCCCUGCCUACCCUGUGGUUUACUACCAGAGUGCUCCACAGGUCAUGAUGGCACCACAGCCACAGAAUGUGGUUCAAUAUGCAUUUGUGCCCCAGCAGCAGUUUCCACAGCAGCCUCAGACUGGUAAUGUCGUGUAUACUGGGCAGCAAAGCGGGAUACCAUCUCAGCCUCAAAUGCAGCCCCUUCUCCAACCCCAGUGGCAGGGCCAGUACCAGCCUGCACCCCAGGGAGCCGCCCAAGCACAACCAGAAGCCCCGCCCAACGCACCACCCCAUCCUGUCCCUGAAACGCCCAACUUUCCAGAGGAUCACUUCAACAAACCUCUCAUAACCUAAAGUUCAAAGGUCAUGAAACUAACAUUAACCCUUCGGAGGAUUGAAGCGUAAUUGGCUCAAAGGCAAGUGGUCGAAGCACGAAACUGAUAAAUACUUUAUCUUGCCUUUUGUAUUAACCUUUUUAACCAAGAACAGUGUACACUUUGUCAGAUGCGGCUUAUUAGUGUAGUUUCCUGGUUUUGAAAUGGUUUUCUGUACUUUUUAUACAGUACUUCAGUAUAUUAACUACAAUGUAAAAAAAAGCAUAACCAAUUUUCAAAUAUAUAUUUUAAAGAAGUGAACUUGCCGAGUGAAGCAUUUAGGCAUCUUUAGCUUCCAACACUGAAGAGGUUUCAAUCUACAUGUACAUGUACAUACAAGGUGCUUGGUCUAAAGUAACGUUUAUUUCCUUUUCACAGCUUCACCUGAAAAGUAAGGAACGAGUAUUCUACUAAGCAAACAUGAGGCUGUGUUCUCUUUGAUUUUUUUUUCACUGUCAUUUGUCAGGCUUGCUUUUUUUGCCAUCUGUCUUAAUUUUAUUCGAUUUGUUAUAAACUAUAGAGCAAUCCAGUGACCAGAAUUAGAAGCCAUUUCUGCCAGGCCAUCCUGUUUGAGUGCAGGUGGUACGUGCGCAGUACAUUUCUCUCAGACCAAUAGCCUGUUGUUACUUGGCAAAAUAAGUGCAUGCGCUCAAGAUAAAACUCUUGCGUUACUGUGAUGGCCUUGCAGGAGUGGUCUCUGCUUGGAUUUGUCAAUAGUGUAUUUUUUAAAUAUCUUGGUAUGGGUACUGCUGUUUUUUUAUACAAAACUUUUGAGCAACUGUGAGAGAUUGUGUACACUUUACCGUGUACAGCUCUAGACGUAUUGUUCGAUGGUUGUCUUAGAGAGCAACUAUUUCAAUCAAUUUGAGUUAGCUUUUAGUAGACCUGUUUUCUGCUUGUUAAAAUGAAAAGCUGUCAGAGAGGAUGAUAGAAAAAUGGUAAGAAAAGUUUAAAUUGCAUUUUCUUUAAAUAUAUAUAAAAUAUACAUUUAUACAGAACACUGGACGUUUGACGGUAUUAUUUUCACUUGGGGAGUAGGAAAACAGUUGCAGAAACACAAAUGUAUAGCAUAAUUGAACUUGCUUAGUUGAAGUUGCAGUACCUGUGCAAAAAGUUUUAAUAUUUGCUCUUAAUUCCAAAUGAGUGGUAGAUAUCUGAGGGUCACGGGAGACCAUUCGUGUCAGAAGGCUAUUAUGACCCUUUAGUUUUGCAUUCCUAAAUUUGAAUUAACCUGGAUUAACCUCUGGUUUGAGUCCUCGUGAAAUGGGCUUGAACUACAUAUUCUCCUGUCAUAACAAUCUGCUAAGUGACCUUUAAUUUGGUUACUUUAUAAGGAGUCCAUUUUAACUCAAACAAAGAAGUAUAAAGGGAUCAUAUAGCUAGUGGUAACAUUCUGUGAAUUUUGAUACCCAUGUUUUUAAAUUUUUGGUAGAUCUAGCAAGCAUGUCACAAUUUUUUCUUUCUUGUAUUGCUAUUUUUGCAUUUAAUUAUCCUAGAACUUAACUUUUAUUUUUUGGAAAGCAUUGGACUGUUACAUACUUUUGUGCUUUGAAAGCACUUGCUUGUUUUUUUUAACGUUUUGAGUUUUUAUUGAAGGAUGCUCAAGCUGAUGGCACUGGUAUCUAUCAGUAAAAAAGAUCAGUUGAGCUUCAUGUUGAGGCAGUUUGCAUUGUAGUGACUGUACUUCCAAAGCCUGAGAGAAGUUAAUACUUCUACAUUAUAUCUCUGGGUUUCAUUCCAACAAUGAUUGGCAACAUUAAAAGUUUCAAAGUGAGACGAAUUAGUUUUGA